GUUCAACAAGCAACAGUGGUUAUAUUGCUGUUAGGAAGUCACGGCAUAACAUUUAGAAUCAUCUCAUUGGGGACGUUAUCCCUCAUGCUCAAUAACUCUUUUGUUGGGCCGAGCAUCCCUCACACUGCAGCAUCCCCUGACUGGAGACAGCGCCCCGUAGCACCUCGUUUAUCCAAAGGCAGACUAUUUACGUCUAACAUCCAAAGUCAGAGUUGGUCACGAAGAAAUUAAGAGGAGUGUCCACUUUCGCCUGAAAGCGGAGAUCCCGCGAGGGGUUACCUGAGCCGCCGGAGGGAUGACUCUCCGAAGGCCAGCUGCUCACCUGCCAAUGGGUCGGAGGAGGUCCGGAGAUGAGUCGUACUGGGAGAGCCAGAGCUCCAAGGGGGAGAGCUCGUCCUACGUCUCCCGCCGAGCCGCCCGGCCUCAGAGCGCCACGGAGGGCAGACGGCUGGACGGUCGGCGCCAGCACUUUCACAGGACGCAAGGCGACGCCGAUCGAACUCCGGCGUCCUGUGAUAAAGAACCAAGCGGUCAGAACUGGAAACCGCACCGCAGUUCCUCCUUCGGCGGGGUCUCGUCUUCCUGCGGCAGCAUGAGGGGCAGUUCACCGGGCAGCCGGGAGUCCUUGCAAAGUGAGUUCUUUGCCCCCGUGGGGCGCACGGGGAGUCUGGAAAGGGUUCGCAUCUCGCAGACACCGAAGAAGGAGCAGUCCCAACUCAGUUACGUUGUGCCGGUGAAAACCGGGUGGCUCCCAAUUCAAAGAAGACUGACGAAGGCAGAGGAUUCAUUGGAGCGAAGACAAAUGCUUUCACCGCACUCUGCUGCCCAGGUGAAACUGAAGCAACCCAUCACGCCGACGUUUGCGAAGAGUCGAGGAACAGCCAGCCUGCGCCAACAAGAUGGCCAAGCGGAGAGGAGUCAGCGCAGGACGUGGCGGACACCCGAGCGGCCGUCUCCCGCCACCGAGCAGGUGCCAGACAAACAAAGGUGCGCUGCUAAUGAGCCGCAAGGAUCUGGAAUCUGGCGAGCGCUGAGAAGAGGCUGGAACAGUAACGGGCUGUCAGGGACUCGCUCCGGUCAACGCCCCACGGAGAUCCCCUUACACCCCCAUCGGGGGCCCUCUCCGGGCAGAAGAACCAGAGCAGAAGAGCCGCCCAGAGUAGAGGAACCCUUGCUAAGUAGUCCGCGCGCAACUUCCCCUGAGUACCAGGUGCUCGAUCCCUCGCGCGGGGCGAGCGGCGGUCCGCCCGUGACGCCCCCCUGCCGGCCGUACAGGCGCCACAGCUUACAACCGUCGCGCAUCCAGACCGCAUCCGCGCCGACCACUCUGGUCCCACGCAACAAAGUGGGUUUCUCGUCCAUCACCAUCUCCAGCCGGAAAGUCGGCCGCUCGGCGAGUCUCACCGCGUCGGACAGGCCUCCCGGCCGCGGCGCCGACGCCAUGGACUCGAGGAAGGCCACCAUCGUCAAAGUGACUGAGCAGAGGACCACCGUCGGCCCCCUGCCCGUGACCCCCAGAAGAAAGGUCGCGAUCAUCAAAGUGACCGAGCAUAAGGAGAGCUACAGUCCGGGGACUCGGUGCACGAACAGCUACGCGACGGAUGGCGAGCAAAACGGGACUCGGAAGCACCCGGAAGGACCGACUUAUGUCGAGGCCGUAACAACAGAUCCGGUUCAAAAUGGGGAGCCUGCUCCUGCUGAAGAACCCAAGAGGAAAUGGAGCUUGGGGCUCCCCCAAGAGAACCUCCGGGCGACACCAAAGAGCGACCACCGGGAGCCGUUCGCUGCCCGGUGGAGCUCGACUCCGUGCCUCACCCUCAUUCAAACUCCGGACCCUCAGCAGUCUCCGGAGGAAGUCCUGGCCCGGAAUGCGGCCGCCAUCAUCGCGAACAUCAAACUCCAAAGGCAGCUCAGUAAGAAGAAAGCGCCGCGCUGCAAUUCGGAGGGGGAAUCCGCAGGAAAAUGCGCAGAGCUGAAUAGCGACGUCCUGAAGCGGGUUGACCCUCGUGCGGAACUGGCCCCGCCCACUCCUGACCUUCAAACAUCGCGUCAUACUAUUUCCCUCCAGGAAGCUCUGCAGAGGUCCAGACCACGCUUCAUCGCUCGCUCCCAGGAACGCGUGCAGGAGGUGGGGCGGCGGGCGCAGGAGAGGAGGGGCCGCCUCAGAGCGGGAGGCCCGCAAAGCCUCGCCGCUCGCAGGCCAACGGACGCUCAACGCCACGCCCGCGCCGCCAACGCUGAUCUGUUGAAAUCCAGACAGGGAGCCAAGGAGUUUAUAUCCAAUCGGCCGCUAACAGACGUGGCGAGGCGAAAGGAGGAAGAGAAGAAGAAGAAGAAGAAGGAGGAGGCCUGUUUGACCAAUAGACAGCGAGUGGAGCUUUUCAAAAAGAAACUGUUGGAUCAGAUUCUUCACAGGAGCAGCAAGUGAAUGGCGGACGACGGCAUUGUGUCCUAUGCAAGUAACUUAUUGUAUCAGUGAAAAAUGAUAAAUCAAUAAAGUUGCACGGCAAAUUAUCAAA